AUGUCUCGUGUCAGACGGCGAAGCUCCAUCGUCGCUCAUCGUGAGCGGGAGCUGCCGUCCGAGCUCGAUGCCGACUAUGUGGACGAAUCCCACAUACAAGCCUUCUCUCAGGCUAUAAACACAGAGGACUAUGACCUGAACGACCAGCCAUAUAUACCGAGUCCAAGUUCGCCCGCAGAGCUAUCUAUCCCUGCUAGUCCGCGCGUCCGGAAGAUAUCUGCACUAUCAGAUUUUGCUCCUGUGAACCUCAGAGUGAAGAAACGGAGAAGAAAUACGGGCCAACCACAGCAUAAGAGACAAGAGUGGCUCUAUAUCUUAGUGCGAUGGCCUUUAUUAUCCCUCAUUUUCUUGUUCAUGGCAGUUCAGUUCGGCAUGUACGUCCUCAUCCGACAGUUGGUCAAUGCCAAGGAAUGGCUGUCUGCAUGGCGUGGUCGAAAAGGCAUACUGCGACAGAGAUUGAGAAAUGCUAGAACCUAUCAAGAAUGGAAAGAUGCAGCACUUGUGCUGGACGACCAUUUGCAGUUCGGCGAAUGGAAACAGACCGAAGAGGACCCGUUUUAUGAUUGGAGAUUGGUCAGAAAGACUUUCUAUGGGACGAAGGUGUUGAUAGAAGAGUACGUAACUGAACAGGAGAAGGCUCUCGAGUACAUUCGAGAGUCUCCAGCCAUCUCAAACGAGGAGAAGAAGCGCUUUUUCAAGAUGGCCAACACGAAUCUCGGAACUUCGGCUCUGUGUCUCUCCGGGGGUGCUUCAUUUGGCUACUAUCAUUUUGGGGUGGUGAAAGCCUUUCUGGAAGCAGGCCUUCUUCCUCGUGUCAUAUCGGGCACAUCCGCCGGCGGUGUUGUCGCCGCGGUUGUGUGCACCCGCACGGAUGCCGAAGUGAAAGCAUUGCUAGUACCUGAGUUAGCUCGGCGCAUAACUGCAUUUGAAGAGCCUUUUCGCGUGUGGAUCAAGCGAUUUUGGACUAGCGGUGCGCGGUUCGACAGCUUGAUGUGGGCCAGGAAGCUGUGUUUCUUCACCCGCGGUUCAAUGACGUUUCGGGAGGCGUACAUGAGAACAGGCCGCAUCUUGAACAUUUCCGUAGUUCCUGCGGACAGACAUUCCCCCACUAAGCUAUUGAAUUACAUGACGGCACCUGAUACAGUUAUCUGGAGUGCAUUGUUGGCAUCUGCCGCGGUGCCAGGUAUUCUGAAUCCCGUCGUCUUAAUGCAGAAACUCAAGGAUGGAAGUAUUGUACCAUGGAGCUGGGGCAGCAAAUUCAAAGAUGGCUCGUUGAGAGUUGACAUUCCUGUACAAGCGUUGAAUAUGUACUUCAAUGUCACUCAUCCCAUCGUAUCGCAAGUCAACCCUCAUGUACAUCUGUUUUUCUUUGCACCACAGGGAUCAGCAGGGAAACCUGUCGCACACCGGAAGAACAAAGGAUGGCGAGGAAAUUUUUUGCUAUCUGCCGCGGAGCAGUGGUUGAAACUGGAGCUCACCAAGAACUUUAAGCUAAUACGCGAUCUUGAUCUGUUGCCUCAAGUCCUGGGCCAGGACUGGUCCAGCGUAUUCCUGCAGCGGUUUGAGGGCAGUGUAACGAUCUGGCCACGUACCAAAUUCUCAGAUUGGAUUCACAUCCUUAGCGACCCUGACGAGACUGAGUUGGAGAGGAUGAUGUACGUUGGACAGCUUGUUACAUGGCCGAAGUUGCACAUGAUUGAGAACCGUUUUCGUCUGGAAAAACAGAUAUUUAUUGGAAGGCAGGCCGUCCGGCGAGCGCUGCAUCCUCGUGUCCAGGAAAGAUCCGCGCAUAGGUCUGACGCUACACCUCAGGAACGUGUUCCUGUUCCAAAUCCCGAUACCAAGUUCCCGGUGACAUCAAGCACCCCCAUUGGUUCAGCACCUUCGGAAGCGCCGCUUCCAGUCGAUACUGAUGUGGAGACGGCCUAUUUCCUGAACAGCAUUCGCGACAAUAAACCUGUAGCGUCUGGAUCGAAUGGGACGUCUUCGUCUCUGACUUCUGGUCAUAGUCUGGACCCGCGCCGUCCAUCCCUCCGGCGUCGCCAGUUGGCGCCGAAUCCAUCUCGCAGAGUAGAGAACGACACCGCAAGAGAAGAACGUGGUGGAGCUACGCCAGAUCCUCCUCCUCCUCCCUCCAAUAGCAGUUCGCAACAUGCCCUGCCUCUUACCCGCCAUGCAUCAUCGAGCCAUGUGAACCCGGUGGAAUUCCUGCGCCGCUUAGGAAAUGGAUCUAUAACAGGAUCAUUCUCACCUUUCUCCUCCAUACGCCGAAGCAGCAAGCAGCUUGUAUCUGAAACUCUGCAAGACUCCAUGGCGGAACCGACGUGGUCGGGCGACAGUUCUUCGGAUGAUGACGACCUCUCUAUCUUGUCACGGAGGCAGCGGCACUCCUCAGUGUUUGACAUUCGAUCCGACCUAGAACGGAGGCUCGCAGACGAUGGAGAGUUUUGA